AUGAACAAAGUCCCUACUGCCGAGGCUCUUAUGUAUCGAAAUAUUGGAAUUAAUGACCCGUCGUGUCCGUUAUGCAGUUUAGAAGUCGAGAACGCUGAUCAUCUUUUCAUUGCUUGUUUUAUCGCUUCAACGGUGUGGAAUGGAGUUAGUAAAUGGUGUAAAAUUCCUCAACUUUUCGCGUUUUCUUUUCAAGAUCUCCUUUCAAUUUAUAAUGGUCUUGCUGUGUCGGAGAAGAAAAAGGAGGCGGUGCAAGGCAUUAUUAUGAUUACAUGUUGGAGUCUAUGGCGUGCCAGGAAUAAUGUUAAGUUUUCGAAUGUUCCGGUCAAAAUAGAAGAAUCAGUUCUUGAAAUCGGUGGCUCUGGGUUCUUGAUCGUCGUUUCAUCUUCUUAG